AGGGUUUGCACAGGGUCAGGGAGACCCCGGGUCUUCACAAAGUUUCAGAGAACACCCCCUCCUGCGCGGAAGGCAGCCAGGACCUUAUUUAGGUUUGUGAUUAAAAAACACACAUUUAUUUAUAUUUGAAAAGCAGAGUUUACAGAGAGAGGGAGAGACAGGUUUUCCAUCCUUUGGUCCACUCCCCAGGUGGCCCCGGGCCGGGCUUCGCCGGAGCCUGCAGCUGCAUCCAGGUCUCCACGUGGGUGCAGGGACCAAGCACUUGGGCCACAGCAGGGAGCUGGGUCGGAAGUGGAGCAGCCCGGUCUGGGUCCAGCACCCACGUGGGACGCCCGCAUCACGGAGGCGGCCUUACCCGUGCGCCACAGCGCCGGCCCCGCAUCUAAGAUUUUUAGUCCACUUUACAGCGAAUUCCGGCUUACCCUGGAUGGUGGUUUGGGUGUGAAGACUGCUCUGCAGUGUUACCCAAACUCCCAGACUCCGUGGAGAGAGCCCCAAAUGAAUCCUCAAGGGAGCUGGUGGCUUCUGUGUUUCCGGCGAGGUGCGGGAACGCCUGUGUGUCCAGAUCCCGGUGGGCCUGGGGCCCGGGAGCUGCGGAGCUGAAGACAGUGGUGACCACGGCCCCUGCCUCGCUGCUCUCCGUUUUGCAUCUGCGUUGUUGUUUCCCUUUGGCCUGACCUGGCUUCUGGUCUGAUUUCCUUCUCUGUGUGGUGGGUGACUGGAGCCCUGAGCAGCUCAGAGGGCCGGGGUCUGUCUUGGGAUCGCCCCUUUUCCCAGGGCCUUAUCGCAGGCUGCAGGGAUCCAUUGUUAUUUACAUGUUGUGUUUCACCAAGGGUCAGCGACUUGAUCAGGCUUUGUCCCGGCCUUUCAGCCUUGGCCUCUGCUGGCACCUCCUGGGCCCAGCGUCCAUGCCCUUCCCUCCCAUCCUGCUGUUCCGCACCUUGGCCUUCUUCAUCCUGGGACAUCUCACAUCACGUCCUCACUGCUUGUUUGAUCUGCGCUUUUGGUCACUCGGGUUCUGGGAGACAUUGCUCCCUGUGGGUGAGGCGGGGGCCUGGCCGCUGCGCAGUCUCGCCCCUCUGCCCUGCCUGGCGCUGUCCCACCUGCGGGGCCUACACUGGGAGAACACAGAGGUGGACAGAAAAGGAAAAGUGAGGGCGGAGGGGUGCCUGCUUCUGUGGGAGACCCUGCCUGAGAAUCCCUCGUGGGAAGGGGCCCUGUGAGCUCAGCCCUGAGCCCCUCUCUCCACCUGUGCCCCUGCCCCCUGGGGACUCGGUAGACUUCAGUGUGCAUAAGUGACCUGCGUGGAAAGUGCUGGCCUGGCACCUGGGAAGCUGGGAGCUCCGCUCAGGUCAGGGUGAUGGCCUUUCCAGCCGAGCGUGUGUGCGGCAGGAACGGCUGAGGCUCCCGUGCCGACGGCUGCCGCUGCCUGCCCUCCAUGUCAGUCGUUGGCACCCGCGCCCUGGCCCUGCGGGCCGGCUGCCCUGUACUGCUGUGUCCUCCGGCCUCACGGCCUCGCUGAGUGUUCAUCCGCAGCUCACCUUGUGGUUUGUGCUCCACCUGCCCUGCUGCCAAGAGCAGGCCGUCUGCUGCUGUCUGGGAGAGCUCCAGUGACUGUCACACUGACCUGUGAUGCCGCGGAUGCGGGCGCUGCAGGCAGAGUGGCACAAGUCCUGUCUUCACAUGAGAAGUCCGUCUGCCCGGCAGAGCCGCGCGCCGACACCAUGAAGGGCUUAGCCACAGACUCCCCGGACGGCAGUGCCGAGUGCUCCAGGAGCCGCGCGGUGUGCGUGUCAGCGAUGUGCGGGAGCAGCCAGAGAGGCGGCGGCGUGACGCAGAGGCUGCGAGCGUCUCCCUGCAGGGGCACACACGAGCAUUCCUGGCUGUUUUCUAUUCUGAGAUGCUGACGUAACACAUCAAGCAGAAUAGUUAUGGUCAGUCAUGGAGAAUGACCAGGAAGCUCGUCCCAGGGGGGAUGAGGACUUGGAUUCUGUACACUUGAAAAUAGAAGAGGACGAUGAUCAAAUCCCUGGUCACGGUUUGGAAAGAAUGGCCUUCCCGGGCGAGCAGGAGGACGUGAGACAGACAGACAGUGGGGAUGAGCAGGCCGAGGCGGGGGGGCCGGGCCGCCCCUGCGCGCCGCCCGAGAAGGAGAAGGACGACGAGUACGGGCCUCUGUUCGCGCACUACAGCAGCACGCUCUACGACGUGGCCAUGGAGGCCGUGGCCCAGAGCCUGCUCUCCAGCCGCCACGUGAGCUCCAGGAAGAAGUCUCCAGCCUGGAAGCAUUUCUUCAUCUCGCCCAGAGACAGCACGAAGGCCAUCUGUAUGUACUGCAUGAAGGAGUUCAGUCGGGGCAAAAACGAGAAAGACUUGAGCACCAGCUGCCUCAUGCGGCACGUCCGGCGGGCGCACCCCACGGUGCUCAUCCAGGAGAACGGGGGCGUGGCCGCCGUGGCCGCGCUGCCCUCGGCCUCGCUGCUGCUGCCCUCGCAGCCAGCGGACGUGGGCGACCUCGGCUCCGUGCUCUCGCCCGUGAAGCUGGUGCAGAAGCUGGCAUCGAAGAUCCCGUCCCCCGACCGAGUGACGGAGGAGUCGGUGUCCGUGGUGUCCUCUGAAGACGUCUCCUCGGACAUGUCUGUUUCUGACAAGUGCGGCAGGGAAGAGGUCCUGGCGGGGGCGUCGCCCCAGCUCCCCGCCCUCCAGUACGACGACGCGGCAGAGGGCUUGGCGGAGAAGAGCCUCCCACUGCCCAAGAGCACGUCUGGGUCCAGGCGGCGGUCGGCCGUGUGGAAGCACUUCUACCUGUCGCCCCUCGACAGCUCCAAGGCCGUGUGCAUCCACUGCAUGAACGAGUUCAGCCGCGGCAAGAACGGAAAGGACCUGGGCACGAGCUGCCUCAUCCGGCACAUGUGGCGGGCGCACCGCUCCAUCGUGCUGCAGGAGAACGGGGGCGGCCCGGGCAUCCCGCCCCUCUACUCGGCCUCGCCCACCCUGCUGCCCGCCCUGCUGCCUCCCGAGGGCGAGCUGCACGCGGGGUCCUCCCCGGGGAAGCUGGUCGGAGAGUCGCCCUCGGCCACCUCCUCCCCGGAUAGGCUGGCUGACGACCUGCAGUCGCGACUGAACCCUGGAGACGCGUUCCUGGAGGACGCGUCCGUGCUGUCCUCCUCCGACGACGUGGGAGAGGCCUCGGCCAUGUCCUCCCCGGAGAAGCAGCAGGCUGACGAGGCGAGUCCCCGGCGGCCGGAGGCCGGCACCGUCUUCCAGCAGAACAAGAAGGUGAUGAAGAGACUGAAGUCGGAAGUCUGGCACCACUUCUCGCUGGCCCCCAUGGACAGCCUCAAGGCCGUGUGUCGCUACUGCGGCUGCGUCAUCAGCCGGGGCAAGAAGGGUGACGUGGGCACCAGCUGCCUGAUGCGCCACCUGUACCGACGCCACCCCGAAGUCGUCGGGGGCCAGAAGGGCUUUCUGGGAGCCAGUCUGGCAAACUCUCCGUACGCCACCUUGGCCUCUGCAGAGAGCUCCUCCUCCAGGCUGGCCGACCUGCCGGCGGCGGUCACCAGGAGCAGUCAGGCCACAUUUCCUGUGAGUAGCAAGAAGACCUCGAAGUUGUGGAACCACUUUUCCAUUUGCUCCGCAGACUCCACCAAGGUGGUGUGCCUGCACUGCGGCCGCACCAUCAGCCGGGGGAAGAAGCCCACCAACCUGGGCACCAGCUGCCUCCUCCGGCACCUGCAGCGGUUCCACGGCAGUGCGCUGAAGCCCGACGCCCCAGAGCCCCGCGGGCCCCCGAGCGCGGAACUGCCCAGGGCGCCCUCCUUUGACACCACCGAGAAGUUUUACGAUUCUCACCCGGUUGCCAAAAAGAUCACAAGCCUCAUAGCCGAGAUGAUUGCACUUGACCUCCAGCCCUACUCUCUGGUGGACAGCGUCGGCUUUAACCGGCUGCUGGAAUACUUGAAACCUCAGUACUCUUUGCCCUCUCCUUCGUACUUCUCCAGGACGGCUAUCCCGGGCAUGUACGACAACGUGCAGCAGAUCAUCAUGUCACACCUGAGGGGAGCCGAGAGCGGAGUGAUCCACUUCACGUCCGGCAUCUGGAUGAGCAACCAGACGCGGGAGUACCUGACCCUCACGGCUCACUGGGUCACCUUCGAGGCGGUGCGGCCCCACUGUGAGGACCACCACUGCUCAGCACUUUUAGACGUGUCGCAGGUCGACUGCGACUACAGCGGCAACAGCAUCCAGAAGCAGCUGGAGUGCUGGUGGGAAGCCUGGGUGACGUCCGUCGGCCUCCAGGUCGGCAUCACGGUCACGGACAACCCGAGCAUCGCCAAGACCCUGAACGAGGGGGAGCACUCGAGCGUGCAGUGCUUCAGUCACACGGUGAACCUGAUCGUCAGCGAGGCCAUCAAGAGCCAGAGGAUGGUGCAGAACCUGCUGAGCAUCGCACGGAAGAUAUGUGAGCGGGUGCACCGCUCGCCGCGGGCCAAGGAGAAGCUGGCGGAGCUGCAGAGGGCGUACGAGCUGCCCCAGCACCACCUGCUGCAGGACGUGCCGUCCAGGUGGAGCACCUCGUUUCACAUGCUGGAGCGGCUCAUCGAGCAGAAGCGGGCCGUCAACGAGAUGUCGCUCGAGUGCAACUUCAGAGAGCUGAUCAGCUGCGACCAGUGGGAGGUCAUGCAGUCCGUGUGCCAUGCACUGAAGCCCUUCGAGGCUGCGAGCCGGGAGAUGAGCUCCCGCGUGUCCACGCUGAGCCAGGUCAUCCCCAUGAUCCACAUCCUCAACAGGAAGAUGGAGAUGCUGUUCGAGGAGACCAUGGGCAUCGACACCAUGCUCAAGUCUCUGAAGGAAGCCAUGGUCAGUCGGCUGUCCGCCACCCUGCACGACCCCAGGUACAUCUUCGCCACGCUGUUGGACCCCCGUUACAAAGCCUCCCUGUUCACGGAGGAGGAGGCCGAGCAGUACAAGCAAGACUUAAUCAGGGAGCUAGAACUAAUGAAUUCUACCUCAGAGAACACGCCUGCCUCCAGCGGCUGCGACGCGGGCUCCCCCUCGAAAGACUGUGCCAGAGGGGAUGACCUGUGGUCACUCGUGGCUAAGGUGAAGAAGGAAGGUCAGAGAGAGAAGUUGCCUGAGGACAUGGUGCUCGCGUACCUGGAGGAGGAGGCGAUCGACCACAGCUGUGACCCGCUCGCCUACUGGGCCCUGAAGAAGGCCGCCUGGCCGGGGCUGUCCGCGCUGGCCGUCAGGUUUCUGGGCUGCCCGCCCAGCACCGUCCCUUCGGAGAAGCUGUUCAGCACACCCACCGAGAGCGGCAGCUGUGGCCAGUCCAGGCUCAUGAUGGAGCAUUUUGAGAAACUGAUCUUCCUGAAAGUGAACCUCCCCUUAAUAUACUUCCAGUAUUGACACUCGACAGAGCCGCCGGGCAGAGGUGCUGCCGCCCUCACGGGGAGCCUCUGCCUGGGCUCUGGCUCGCUCCCGCUGGGGCCGUGCACGACAUGGACCAGGCACUCUCAGGGCCACUCUCCAGCGCUCACCGUAAUGUCUCCGCGUGCCUUACUGCUCUUCCAGGCCAGGGAUCGCGGUGUUUUAAGUCCGCUAGACGUAGCCAGUCUUGUCGAUUAUGAAAUACGAUUAGGUUUUAAUUCCUAGCUGUAAAGUUUUUUACAAGUCGGGGGUUAGUGAUUUGUUUUACUAGCGCGGCGAGAAGAUGUAAACGAUUUUGUUCUGUCGGCUUUUUAUCCAAUUAUGUAAAAACACAGAUCAGGUACUGUAUUGUAGCUAAAACUGCUCUGAUUGCAACAAGGGCUUCUGUGGCUGUCAGGUGAGGGCUGGGAGUGGGAGGCGGAGUCAGGCUAUGCUGACCGAGCGGUUUCUCACUGCAGGCUCUAAGCAAGCUGAGGAGGAAGGGAGCCCUCUAGGUGGAAGGAGACUGUCCACGGCGACCCAGACUUGGCCUUGGAGAGCUUGGCUGCACUUGGGCGUGGCCGGCUGUCAGUCACCGGGCCGCUCCCAUUUCAGGUUCUUGCAUUCAGGUUUCCUCCCGUCAGAACUCAGAGAUGUCCCGCUGUUCUCACGAGGGCCCUUGCCACGGGACCUCAGUGUGUCACUUCAUGCUGACUGCUGGCCAGUGCCCAGCGUGACGCGCCUGCUGCGGACGGCCUGCUGGUCAAACCUCCACGCCUCCGACUGCGUCUGCCGAAGUGCACCAGCCCCCAGUCUGAUCAGAUUACGUGGAAGGUUCUAGAAGAGAUGGCAUAUCAACAGGAAAGCAGCUUGUCUUGUUCCAGUUGUAGGGGUAGCCUUAGCCUUAGGUGCUCAGGUUUUUGUUUUUGUUUUUGUUUCGUGAUAGGGAAGAUUUAGCCAUCACUGGGGUAUCCUAGAAUCCUGAGGACAUCAGAAUGAAAUAUCAGUUGUCAGGGUCUUUAACAGUGUCUCUGGAGUUUUUGCUUUAAUAUCUUUUUAAACAGUUCAUUUUCUCAUUUCAGAUCAGUUAAAUAUUCUGAGUGAGCUAAAUCACUCAUUUGCCUAUGACCUUUUGAAAAAGUUGUUUAAAAUACUGUACCUAUGCUUAAUCUAAAUUUGCAUUUGACUAUGGUUUAGUGUAUUUAUAAAUGGUGAACUCAGUUUCCGAAAUUAAACUUUUUAUUUGCAGUUUUCUAGUGCUGGUGGGCAGUGGCUUUUUAUUUUUCAGCUAAUAAAACACGACGUGUGGAAGCCACACU